CUCUCUCUGCGCUCAGGAUCAAGCUAACUAUUCAUCUCUCUCCUCUCUCAACCCUACACAAAUUUAACACAAUGGCUGCCAUUGCUGAAAUGCCCGUCGUCGCCGACCCGGCACCCACUAGGAAAGGGCGGUCAAGAAAAGCGCUAAAGCAGAAAAACCCAUCAUUGAGUGAGGCCAACAUCAUCGCCGGGACCCUACCGGAAUCGUCCCCUGUGGCCGCGCUGCCACCGGAGAACUCGACCGGAAAAGAGAAUCACGAGAGCCUCUCCCAACCCAAGUCCCAGAAGAAAACCAAGAAAGGGACGUCGAAGGCGAAACAGCAGUCGUCCGAGGUGUCUUCUUUCGAGAAAGAAUUGCAGGAAAUGCAAGAGCAGCUUGAGAAGUUGAAGCUGGAGAAGGUGCAGACCGAGGAGAUGUUGAAGGCCAGAGAGGAAUCGCUCAAGCAGAAGGAGGAAGAGCUAGAAAUGAGGGAUAGGGAGCAAGAGAAGCUCAAGAUUGAACUCAAGAAGUUGCAGAAGAUGAAGGAGUUUAAGCCCACCAUGGCGUUCCCGAUCGGAAUCUCGCUCAAAGACCAAGAACAAGAAAAGAAAGACAAGAAGAAGAGUGCAAGAAAGAAGCCAUCCCCUCCGUAUGUGCUGUGGUGCAAAGACCAGUGGAAUGAGGUGAAGAAAGCUAAUCCAGAUGCUGAUUUUAAAGAGAUGUCGAACCUCUUGGCCGCAAAAUGGAAGACAAUCACCGCAGAAGAAAAGAAGCCUUAUGAAGAGAGAUACCAAGCUGAGAAGGAAGCUUAUUUGAAGAUCAUCGGAAACGAGAAGCGCGAGCAUGAAGCGAUGAAGCUCUUGGAGGAUGAGCAGAAACAGAAGACUGCAAUGGAGUUGCUUGAACAAUAUCUUCAGUUCAAACAGGAAGCAGAGAAAGAUAACAAGAAAACAAAGAAGGGAAAAGACCCUUUGAAACCAAAGCAGCCCAUGUCGGCCUAUUUCAUUUUCGCAAACGAGCGCCGUGCUGCUCUGUUUGCAGAGAACAAGAAUGUUUUGGAGGUUGCAAGGAUCACUGGUGAGGAGUGGAAGAACAUGACUGAGAAACAGAAAGCACCUUAUGAACAGAUGGCAUUGAAAAGUAAGGAAAAGUACAUGCAAGAAAUGGAGCUGUACAAACAGAAGAAAGAGGAAGAAGCUGCUAACCUCAAGAAGGAAGAAGAAGAGCUAAUGAAACUUCAGAAGCAAGAAGCUAUGCAACUGCUCAAAAAGAAAGAAAAAACAGAAACCCUGAUUAAGAAAACCAAAGAGAAACGGCAAAAGCAGAAGAAAGAGAAGGGAGAGAAGAAUGCUGAUCCCAACAAACCAAAGAAGCCUGCUUCUUCGUUCCUCCUCUUCAGGAAUUGAGUGAGGUAGAGAAGCAAAUUUGGAACGAGAAAGCGGCAGAAGCAAUGGAAGUGUACAAGAAGGAAAUGGAAGCAUACAACAAGAAAGUGGCAGCAGAAGAAGAAGCCAACAACAAAAAUUAGAGAACAGCUUCUUUUGUUGAUGAUGUGAUGUUCAACUGGAAUUAUGUUGAACAUAUCAUGUAGGAACUUUAUCUUCUUGUCUAGUUAGUUGUGGUAGUUGCAGUGAUUGCAAAAGAAUGCUGCUCAUCUUCUUCUUACAAACGCAAGUGCGCGCUUAUUCUCA